AUGUAGCCUCCUAAUUUCAGCGGUCGAUGCAAUUUACAGGUUAUUGUAACUAAGUGAAUACCUGGCUUUCAUGAAAUAAUAAUAAUUAUUAUUAUUGAGAUAGUUGUCAGACUAAAAUUGGAGCUACAUGUUGAUGCAGUACGGAACAGGAUAAAUCAAUAAUACUGAUGUAGUUUAAAAGCUCUUAUUGACUGUUGCCUAGUAACAGAGAUGAGUCAGUAUUGUUGUUAACAAUCUUCUACAUUGAAAUCCAGUUCCUAUGGUAACUAAUCUCCAUGGUUACCAAAUAAGUUUUGCUACAUUCAAAGUUGAAUUGUUUCAACGUUUGCACCUCAAUUUAGCGUGAAAAGCAUCGGGAGUGUUGUUAUAUCCAGUACAAAAUUGUUUAAUUACAGAUUAUGAAUAAAAAGUAGAAUUACUAAUGUAGGCUGACUUCAAUAAAAUAAACUGAUAUAUUUUGUAGCAAAAGGAUUAUGAUAAAUUGAAUAAUUUAUUGUUUUAUUGUCAACUCAUGCCAGUGAGAAGCACUUUGAAGUUUAUGCUUAGGCUGUUUACAUAAACUCAAAAUAUUUGGUGCUUAAGUUAAUUUAGUAAAGCUUCAUAAAUCUUUUAGAGUUGAAUUAUGUCCCACGGAACUUAUAACAGACUUUGGUCAGAAGUGCAAGUUACUUUGGAUGAUGCCACUCGUAUUGAUGUAGAUCAGCAAUCAGCGAAACCAACUAAAGAUAAGAAACUAGCUCAUUACAUCGUGAGUGAUCUGUACGUGAAGUAUGUAACAGCAGUUAAUCGAUUAGAUCAAUGCUACGAUCAAAUCGUCCAGCCGCAGAAAAGAAUGCUGAUCAGGAAACUGCUGGAUACCAGUAUUGGGAGAUUUCUAGAGUUGAAACACGAACUUGUCAACUUGGAACUGUCAGAGUUUUGUUAUUGCGAUAACGCGUUGACAGAGCAGAAAAUCCUGCCGAUGGAAGCUGAAGUGAAAGUGCCCACCUACUACAAGAGAGAACGGGAGGAAGAACUGCAGAAACGGAAGAAGUUCAUGGAUGAUGUCCUGAAGAAGCUGGGGUUUUUCGAGCAAGAAGAUGUGGGCAUUGUUAUGACCGAAUAUCAGGCGAUACGGCUCAUACAGACCCACGAGCGCGCGAGGCAGGGCAGGUUGAGGUCGCAGUUCAUGAAGGAGAUUCGACUGCUCAAAGAGAAAAAGAUCGAGCCAUCGACAGCUGAUAAAGAGGGCGAAGGAGGGCGACAGGCAGCCAUGAAAAUACAGAAAAUAUGGAGAGGAUAUAUAACUAGAAGAAAAAUAAGGAAAAGAGUCAUUGAUGAGAUGCUAUUGAUCGGUAUGCUCCCACCAAUUUCUCAAUCAUUAGAAGAGACAAAGAGAGCCGAAGAAGUCAAGGAAUUGAGAAGGAAGCAGCAAAUUGAAUAUCAGAAUGAAUUCGAGAAAGCAUUAGUGGAGGAGAAAGACGCGAUCAGAAAACACAAAGGUGGACAAAUGACAGAAGACAUCCGUGAUGAGGUUAGAAAUUGGUUCAUGUCGUACAAAAACCAAACGGGAAAGUUUCCCGAUUUUCCAUCUGAAGAGGCUGGUGGCUCAGCUCUCAUUUUCAGCCGAACAGUCACUGAAAGCGAAAUCAGUAAAUCAACUGCUCCCUCAUCCAAGGAGAGUAAAGGUAAAGAAAAGAAGGGUAAAAAAGGAUCCAAAGAUAAGGAUGAUGCUAAAAAGAAGAAGUCGGAAGAGGAUGAAGACCCUGGCUUUAAAAUGGGUCCUUCAAAUUUCCUUGCCGAUCUAAUGGUUGCCAGCACAGAAUACGAAGAGGUUUGGCGAUUCAAAGAUGAAUCCAAUAAUCCCGCCCAGAAGCAUUAUGUUAACAUGAUACAAGCUCAGAAGACUUUGGAGAUAGAAGCUGAACUAAGAAAGAUAGUUGACGAUCAACUGAGAGUUGAGCUGGAACUGCUUCAAGCGGCUCUGGAUAGAGAUCGAGCCAAAAAAGGGAAGAAAAGCAAGAAAGGCGCCAAGAAGAAAAAAGGAAGAAGAAGUGGAAAGAAAGGAAAGAAGAAGAAAGAGAAAGAUCUCACACCUGAUCGUACUCUUGAAUCAUUGUUUGAAGAGCUCAUCACAAACGGAAUAAUAAAGAAGUAUCCAGAAACACCUUUAUCUGCUUUCAAAGGUGAAACAUCGUACGCCGCUUAUGACUUGAGAUUGCAAGGGAAGGACCCGCAGCCAGCAUUGGGUGAUAUAAGACAGGUGAUACUGGAGUACUGCAUUUUGCCACUGGGCUCGAAGCUGGUGCACCAGUCGGCACCUCUGGUGCGGUCGGUGCUGGUGGUGGGGCCUCGGGGCAGCGGCAAGGACAUGCUGGUGCAUGCUGUCUGCACCGAGGCGGGCGCCGUCCUAUUCGACCUCACUGCUGCCAACAUUGUCGGCAAGUACCCCGGCAAGUCGGGCCUCAUCAUGCUCGUGCAUCUCGUCAGUAAGGUAUCCAGGCUUCUUCAGCCAUCAGUGAUCUACAUGGAUGGAGCUGAGAAGCCUUUCUUGAAAAAAGUUCCAAAGACUGACAAAACAGAUCCGAAAAGACUGAAAAAAGAUCUACCCAAGCUUUUGAAAAGUAUAAGUCUUGAUGAUCAGGUAUUGAUGUUGGGUGUAUCACACUGUCCAUGGGAAUGCGAUCAGAAAUCAUUAACUCAGGCCUACCAGAAAAUAAUAAUGAUUCCAAAGCCUGACUACGCCAGUCUCAACUUUAUUUGGACAGAACUGCUAUUUCAAUACAGUGGAAUUAGCAGACAGUUCGACAUAGGCGCCCUAACAAAGUUAUCGGAUGGCUACACGCUAGGUACAAUACUGAACGUUGUCAAAGAAGUUAUGACUUGCAAGCGUGUUCUUCAACUUCGUAUUCAGCCGCUGACACAUGCCGAAAUCAUCAAUGUCCUCAGUCGUUAUGAGCCAAUCUACAAGGAAGAGGAAGAAGCGUUCAUGCAAUUUUACUCGAAAACUCCGAUCGGUCGACGGAAAGCGCGGGCUCUUGAGAUUGAAGCUGAAAAGCAGCAGAUGUCCAAGGAUCAACAGGUCAAAAAGAAAAAGUAAUAGAAGAGAGCAGCAUGCAUAAUAGGAGAUAGAUGAAUAAUUCUGAGUGGGUUUGAAUAGAGCUUUGGUAGGCUACUAGAAACUGAAACCUGAAGUUGACUGAGUGACUAUUCCAUUAAGAGCCGUUUGCACAGUCAAAGCUUAAACGGAAUUUAAUCAGCUGGUGGCUUAAACUCAAAAUGAACUACAUUAUAACAAACGAGACUUGAUAUGGAUCUAGUCCAGUUUAAAAAGAAAUUUAGUUUAAACUGUGAUACUGUGCAAACAGCACUGAAUGACCUAAUUUUAACUGUCUAUCAAUUUCUGUCUGUCAAUAAUAUACACAACUAUUCAGGGACUCGGUUGCACGAUUGGAAAUUUAUACUAGUAAUCGUAUUAAUGUGAAUGAUAAGUCACAUUAAUUAUUGUUCCAUUAAAUGGUCUAGUAUAGAUAGGUACAGAAAUAUUUUUCAAUGAAAUGACAUCACGAAAUGAGUUUUUAAAAUGUAUUCAAAGGAAUAUUUACAAUAAUAAAAUCUGUGAAAAUAA